CACAAACAGCAGAAUUUCUCUCCAGUCAGCGAACAUAACCUAAAAAAAGAAUCAAAGAAAAAAAUCGUCAUCAAUGCUACAACACCCUCCGUCUCGCGAAUCCACUCCUCCAAACCACACCCAGAGAAAUAGGCUCGCUCUGUACUUGUGGAGUCAUCGUGAUCACGGGGAGGAGGUGAUAUGCCAUCGUCCGGCAAAUCGACUAGCGUAAGGUGUCCGAAGUGUUGCCCGAAGCAGUGCGAGAACUGCCCGUCUCCGGCGGUGGUCCCACAGGACAUACCCCACGAGCUGAUGGACGAGAUUAUUCAGUCCGCUUACGCGGAAAAGGCAGCGGCUGUAGUGCCGCGCGGUCGACCUUCGGAUAGAAGUUCACAAAUGAAUAGAUACUGCUCGCGAAAUAUCGUUAACGGAAGCGACGAUUCGAAGAUACCGCUGACAUGGCCGAUCGCAAUCAAGAUUCUGAAGAAUUGGUGCCGCGAUGCAAGCUUUGACAUUGAAGACGCCCUUUAUGACGUGAAAUGCAUUUGGAAUUCAAGAGAUGAAGGAUUGCUAGAAAAACUGUGCUCCACAAAUAGACUUUUGAUUUACUACUUAUUGGUUCUCGCCCUUUACAUCAUACACAUUUGCUUUCUAAUUGAUCAGCAGUUGAUCGACGUCUUUUUCAAUAUCAUCAGUCCCAAAACUAACGAGUCAUAAGAACAAAUUUCGAUGUUGUGUAAGAAUGAAAAUGAAAAUGUAAAUUUUAUUUUGUGAAUAAACAACAAAAUAAGGAAA